GAACCAGCAAUUUUGAUAAGCUUAAGCUAUAAAAUCACUCAGAGAACCAAUCCACGCGAGCAUGGUAAAUUCGUGUUAGCUCGUCUUCCUUCUCUGAGUCUCUGUUCAUUUCCUCUGAGCAACUCUUAUUUGCUGAUCACAUUUCGAGUGACGCCCGCACUUGCUUCCUCGCACUCAGCUUUGAAUCGGAUCGCUAGACUUCUCAAACCCACCAUAAAAUUCUCUUCUUUUCAUCACUUGAGUUGAGGCGGUAACUCUGAUAAUAGGAAAUGCCCAAACCGGUUCUCAAAGCUGGAAGCAGACCGCCAUGGGUGGGUCUUGCUGCUGCAGUAUGGGUCCAAAUCGCUGCUGGGAAUUCCUACGACUUCCCGCUUUACUCAUCUGCGCUCAAAUCGGUACUGGGUCUCAAUCAGCAACAGGUGACUAUGCUUGGAGUGGCUAAUGAUAUCGGCGAAAGCGUGAGUUUGCCUGCUGGUUAUGCCUGCAAUAAGCUCCCUCCUUGGGCUUUGAUUCUGAUUGGUUCGGUGCUUUGUUUCUUGGGUUAUGGAGUUAUCUGGCUUACUCUUACGCAAACCGUUUCGAGCUUGCCUUAUAUUCUGUUAUGGCUUGCCCUUUGCGUUGCCGCUAACAGUUGUGCGUGGUUUGGAACAGCUGUGCUUGUUACAAACAUGAGGAACUUCCCUCUCAGUAGGGGCACUGUUUCAGGGAUUCUUAAAGGUUAUGUGGGGAUUAGUGCUGCAGUGUAUACGUUGAUUUAUAGCACGAUACUUAAAGAUUCUUCUUCAAAACUCUUGUUGUUUCUUGCAAUUGGACUUCCUGUUGUAUGCCUAGCUUUGAUGUACUUUGUUCGACCCUGUACUCCUGCUUCUGGGGAAGACUCCUCGGUUCAUAUUCACUUCAUUUUGGUACAAGUUGCAAGCAUUUUACUUGCCAUCUAUCUUGUCACCACCACAGUAUUAAAUCAGGUUAUUUCCAUAAGUGAAGCUGUGUCCUACACUUUAAUUGCCAUAAUGAUUAUACUCUUGAUGACUCCACUCGCUAUUCCAGUUAGAAUGACACUAUUCCCUGCCAAGAAAAAAGGACAACAGGAUGGUUCUUCAGGUCAGCUGGUAUCUGAUGAUGAUUUGACCCAUUUAGAUCCAUUGUUGACACCAUCUUCCUCAGCUGCAUGUCUUGGGAGUUCCAAUGAAAAUGAGUAUGCUUCAGAUAUUGAGAUACUCCUUGCAGAAGGGGAGGGAGCAGUGAGGAAGAAAAGAAGGCCUAAAAGGGGGGAAGAUUUCAAUUUCCGUGAAGCUAUGAUCAAGGCUGAUUUCUGGCUUCUCUGGUUUGUUUAUUUUUUAGGGGUUGGUUCAGGAGUUACAGUUCUUAAUAAUUUAGCUCAAAUAGGAGUCGCUCAAGGUGUUAGUGAUACAACCAUUUUGCUCUCAGUCUUUAGCUUUUGCAACUUCAUCGGUCGUCUUGGUGCUGGUAUAGUUUCUGAACACUUUGUCAGGUCAAAGACGCUACCUCGAACAUUUUGGAUGACUUGCGCACAGAUUAUUAUGAUCCUAGUAUUUGUCCUUUACGCUCUGGCUUAUGACGGCACUCUUUAUGUUGCAACGGCUUUGCUUGGAGUCUGCUAUGGGGUUCAAUUUUCAAUAAUGAUCUCUACUGUGUCCGAGCUUUUCGGUCUAAAGCACUUUGGUGUUCUUAGUGGUUUCAUACAACUAGGAAAUCCAAUCGGUGCUCUUCUUUUCUCUGCUCUGCUAGCUGGUCGUGUAUAUGAUGCAGAAGCUUCCAAGUCUGGAGGUUCCACCUGCUAUGGUCCUUAUUGUUUCAGGCUCACCUUUCUGGUUUUGGCCGGCCUCUGUGGAUUAGGCACCAUCUUGAGUAUAAUUUUGACCGUUAGAAUACGCCCAGUUUACCAAAUGCUGUAUGCUGGGGGCUCUUUUCGUCUCCCUCAAGCUUCAGAUCACUGAAUAGUUAAAAAGUUAUAUCUGCUAGACACAAGAUGUAAUAAUACCAAUAUCACUGAGGCAUAGUCAAUAAAACAUAGGGAAACUAGUAUAGCAUGGGUCUCCUGAGUUACUUCUGAAAUGUUCUUACGCUCCAGAGUAUUAUGAAUGAUUCCAUAUUUUUUGGGUCUUAAUUGGUGAGAUCUCAAAAUCCAAGUUCUGGUAUGUAGUAAUGCUGGAUCUACCAGAAGACUCGUAUUAUUUACAGUGUCCCUUGAGGAUAAUUCACAUGGAUUCCCCCAUUUCUGUCUUCUGAUAUUUCUCGAAAGGAUGGUCCCUACAUUUUAAAAUCCAUUAGCGGCAAGUGGCAUUGGAAAAUUUUGUACCAAAGAUCAUUCAUUUUCUGUCCAUUUUUAACUGAGGAUAGAGAGAGAAAAGAGGGGUGGAGAGAAUCUGAUUCCAAGUAAUGCUGUUAUGAACUUUCAUGGUUUUUGUCAUAUUUUUCCUUUUCAGUUUUACAUUAGUAGUAUUAGGGAACUUUUCCUAAGCACAAUCUUAUCCUCAAGAUUAGUGCAGAGAAUUGAUUGGAAGUCGCCAUCAAUAUCAAUGUAUUUAUAAAAGUUGUAAGAAACCACAUUGCUUGCACGUCAAAUGAACAAUACUAAUUCACCUUGAGUCUUGUGUAAAAA